AUGCUGGCGGUCAUUCGCCACUUCCACGAGGGCAUGAGGGCACGCGUCCGAACGGACGACGGGCAGUACUCAGAAUGGUUCGACGUGGGCCAAGGCCUCCGACAGGGAUGCAACCUGGCCCCGCUGCUUUUCAACUUGUUCUUUGCCGCGAUGCUCAUGGUCGCCGUGGCCGAGUUCGACAAGGACCCCAAGGUGACGGCGGACAUGGUCAAGAUCGGGACACAAGUGGAGUACACGGGCAAGAAGGGCAGGUCGGCGAGGAAGAAGACGACGGUGGUGACGGACGAGGAGGCCCUGUGGGCCAUGCUCUACGCUGACGACGCGGCCAUCGUCUCGCGCUUGCCAGAGAGUCUCGAAAAGAUUAUGUCGGUCAUCGUGCGCGUGGCCGGCCUGUUCGAUCUGAUGGUGUCGGAGCCAAAGACGGAGAUCAUGUGCAUGCUGCCGAAAGGGAUCGAGGAACGCCCGUUCACGGUCAGCGCCGCCGGCCAGACGUACAAGCAGACAGAUCGGUUUGUGUACCUCGGACGUACCAUCUCCGCGGACGGGAAGGCCGACCGGGAGAUCACGAGCCGCAGCUGCCGAGCGUGGAAGUGCUACCGCCGGAACAGUGCUUCGAUGUACGACAGGCGACGGGCCAACCGCCAGCUCAAGAUCCGGCUAAUCCAGGCUGAAGUGGUGGAGACUCUCCUAUAGGGUUCGCCUCGUGGUGCCUACACAGCCGAUUACUAAACGAAGCUCAAUGGAACCAACCGCCAGUUCCUUACACGGUGCAUCGACUGGAGCAAGCGGAAACGCUCAGACUGCCCCCUGUGCCCAGGCCCUCAUCCAGGCAGGCUGCGAGGAAACCAUCGAGGCCACCGUGCGCAAACGGAGACUGUGUUUCGCG